AUGGUCCAAGUUGGUCAAAUUUUCAUGAGGAUGGACCGCUACAGGAGUGUCGACAAUGGUCAAUUUACUUGUCCAGGAGGAAACCUUCUUCCUAACCAUAUGAACAAUUGCCUCAUGCUUUGUCGUCUAUCACAUCUUCAAUUACCUGAGCCAAUGCAGAGUACGAAGAUCCUCCAUCCAUCAAGGCUUUAUAAAAGUAAAAAGGCACCAUCUUAG